GGCAGGCGUUACUGACUAAGUCACAGGGGAGGGGGCGUUCCGGUGUUUGCCGAGUGCAGUCGGAAGACAUUCUGAUAGCUGAAUUCGUUAGCACACCGGAUGAGGAAGUGCUUAGAUCCAGCUGUGGUGGCUGUCAUUGGAGUGCGAUACAACAUGUCAUUGGUUGCCUAUUGCCUCGUUUGUUGUAGAAAGAUAAGCACGUCUGGUACUGCUUCAAGGAGGGAGCAAAACUGGAAGAAUAUCAGAAAUAUUACAAAAAUUACAGGUUCUCUGUUUUUAGGGGGAUGCAUGUUUGUAACAUAUCAAACUCAUUCUUUGAGAAGAUCUGUAACUCUUGAUACGCAAGCAGUAAAGCAGGAGAAACUGAAAUCUUACAUUUACGUGUAUUCGGGUUCAGCUGAGCAGAAUGAUUUGCAAGGUAUUACAAAUAAGGUGAGAAAAGAACUUCAUAAAACAGUGAGAAAGGCUUUGGAAGCUUCAGUCAGUUUUUUCAAAACGUCACCUAAUGGAGAAAAAUGCAGGACAUCUAAUGUAGAAGAUCAUGAGGUGCCACUGUGGCUUCUGUUGAAGAGUAUACAGUCAUCGCAUAGGGUAAUUCGUUCUGAAGCAAUUCAAACCCUUGCAGGGAUUCAUCAUUGGCAUGAUUAUCAGUAUAGGACAGUUGCACAAGCAUGUGAUAGGAGGACAGCCGUUGGCUUGGCACGAUGCGAAGACGUAGAUCUGCGCUUUUUCCUUCCACCUCCAACACUGCCAAAAAUAAAUGAUAAUUAUUCAAUAGAAGAAGAACUCCGUCAACUAAUCUCUUCUUUACCUAAAACAGAACUUGACCAAUGUGGAAAAUACUUAGCAUCUUUAGCAUUAAGAGAAAGUAGCCAAUCACUAGCAGCCCAGCGGAGAGGAUUGUGGUGCUUUGGUGGAAAUGGACUACCGUAUGCUGAAAGUCUGAGUUCGGUUCCUUCAGAGAAACUGGAAAUUAUUAGCUUACAUGCAUUAUUAAAGCAUUCAGAGAUUCCCAGCCACAGUGACAAAAUAGUUUCAAAUGGAGGUCUACAGUUACUUCAAAGAAUAUAUUUACUACGUAUGGACUCACAGAAAAUACAACGAAGUAUUGUACGUAUAAUAGGAAACCUGGCCUUGAACGAGCAUCUUCACACAGACAUUGUGGACUCAGGCUGGAUCUCAAUAUUAGCUGAAGUAAUGAAGUCACCAUAUGUCAUUCAGUCAUCACAUGCUGCCAGAGCUCUAGCCAACAUGGACAGGGAUAGCGCACAUGAAAAAUACCCUGAUGGAGUGUAUGUGUUGCAUCCACAGUACCGUACAAGCCAACCCAUUAAGGCUGAUGUUUUGUUUGUCCAUGGUCUUCUUGGAGCUGCAUUCAAGACAUGGCGUCAGCAAGAUAGAAAUGAACCACUAGACGAAAGUUCUGCUCAGCACGAUGACUAUACAGAUUGCUGGCCCAAGGCUUGGUUAGCAGCUGAUUGCCCUGGUUUAAGAGUUAUUUCUGUAGAAUAUGAUACUCAGCUUAGUGAAUGGAAAUCUAAAUGCCCAGAAGACAGUAACAGGAAAUCUAUGGCUUAUAGGAGUGAUGAGCUUCUUCAGAAGCUAAAGGCUGCUGGUGUUGGUGAAAGGCCAAUUAUAUGGCUUUCACAUAGCAUGGGAGGUUUGUUAGUAAAAAAAAUUUUGCUGAUUGCUUCAAAGGACCAAGACAUGCAAGAUAUUGUGAAGAACACACAAGGAGUGGCUUUUUAUAGUGUUCCUCACUUUGGAUCUCGUCUAGCAGAGUACUCUGUCAAUGCCAGGCUUUUUCUCUUUCCAUCUGUAGAAGUCAAAGAGCUAAGCAAAGAUUCCCCUGCACUGAAAGAGCUAAAUAAUGAGUUCUUACAAUUUGCCAAAACCAAAGACAUAAAAAUCAUAAACUUUGCUGAAACAUUGCCAACACGAAUAGGUAGUAUGAUGAAACUUCAUGUUGUACCAGUAGAAUCAGCUGAUAUCGGUAUUGGUGAUCUGAUUCCUGUGGAAGUAAAUCAUCUCAACAUUUGCAAGCCAAAAAACAAAGACUCUAUUAUCUAUCGACAGACAUUGCAGUUUAUAGACAGAACCUUCACUGGAAAAAAAUGAGCCUGCAGUUUGUAUGUGCUAAGUGAUACUAAUGGUACAUCUACAAAAUAUAGAACAGGCUGUUCAUUUUUUCAUUUAUUUUUUGUCAGUAGUAAUCCCUGGCUGCCCCAGAGCUUGAACUCCUGUGAAGCUUUCUGAGUCCUUGGGCUAGAAAAGCAUUGUUAUAUUCAUAUUUCUAUGAAGGCUGGUCUUGUGUCCUUUGACCACUUGUUGUACACUAUGGAUAACACUGGCUUUUAAACAUGCAAUGUGACUUUACUAUCGAACCUUUGGAUCUUAUUAUGCCACUAGCAUUAGUUGUAUUUGAUAGGUCAGUUUGCAACACUGUGAUGCUAGGAGUCUUCUACAUAAUUCUCCAAUUAAAAUACUUGCAACAAACUACUUGUA